AUGUCGAAAAAUAUGUCAAGAGGACGAUACUUGCGAUCACCAGCCCUACCAUGGGAAAAGCACAAAUGGACCAUCAUCCACCGUUACAGAGAUAUGGAUUGGACACUAGAGGAGACCAUGGCUUUGCUCUUGCGUGAGUGCAAAUUCUCCGCUACUAGAAAGCAAUAUGCCACGAAACUUCGACAAUGGGGAAUUAAAAAACAGGUCGAUUGGCAGCAUGACAUGCCAAUCAUUGUGAAAGCUGUCGAAGCCAGAUGGAGACUGGGAAAACGAACCGAGGUGGUGUCGCAUCAAACUGUUGUCCGAGAUGAAAAGAUGGCUCGCUACUUGAGACAAAAUAAAAUCCGACGUCUACCUGACAGCCCAGCUGGUCCACUUCCAGCGCACAUCCGCUGUUCUACCCCAGAUACCCAGCCACAACAUGACGGCGACCCAGAUUCUUGGGUGGAGCAUGUCCUCCGGAACACAUAUGGCGUUGAUCAGGGUAUGCCUAGCCCAGUGGAAGAAGAGCCACAAGAAAGAAUCGCCGUCUCCCUAAGCUACGACGAUUUGAGGCUUGUGCGAGAGCUUCGUCGGUCAGAGAACCGCAGCAGAGGAGCGGCCUGCCCACAAACAUCGCCCAUUCAGCCAAUAACAUCUUUGUUGUCUGCUCCCUCUUCUUCCACCAGCUCUCCUCCCAGACUGCAUUGCCCAGACGUCUACAACGAUGAUGUACUUAAAAGCAUCCGCUGUUGCGUCGAGAAAAACGAUAGACCUGGGGCCAUUGGCAUCCUUUACAAUUUGCGCAGCUCUAUCCUCGAGUCAGAAGCCUUUUCCGAUUGCCUGCUUCUGGCGUCGAAGAAUCUGGACGAGAGCAUGUUCAAGGUCCUGAUCCUAGCAGCGCUCUUUAUGGAUGAAGCAGGAACAUGCCCCAGACACCUCAUCACCAGCGCCCAACUUGCCCUCAAACCUCUCAUUGCAUCCCUCUUGAAAAAUCGUGCCACCCAAGUAUUUGGGUUCUUGUUUCGGUCGGGAAUCAUCUCUGCUGAAGCCGCCCGCCAUAUGAUCUUAUAUCAUGGGCUACUUAACGGAGACGUGGCUCUCCUCAAACAAUUUCUCAACCAGCAUCACCAACUUUACACCAUUCUCGAUCUUGAUACCAUGAUGCAAAAUGCAACUGCCAUUCGCUACAGCAUGAGCAUCCAUGGGUCCACGGCUGCUAGCAUGGUCGUGCAUGCGGCGCACGAUGCUGGCUUGCUCUCUAGCGGAGGCGUAUCUGCUAUCCAUCUUUCUGUUUCUUUGCUUCUUUAUGACGAAACAUCCUACUUCCUUGCUCACGGAGCCGAUAUCAAUCAGAAGCUGUUUACAGGCCAAUCACCACUCCAACUGUUAGCCGAGAUGGCAGAGUGCGACAUCAUGCAGGUCGCCACGCUGCUAGUUUCCGGUGGCGCUCAGCUAGAUUUGCGCGAUGCGAUUGGGGAUAAUUGCCUUCAUACCGUCCUCCGCCAACCACAGAAGCAAUGGACCAGGGCAUUUGCUCAAUUGCUUGUAGAAAACGGUCUUGACAUUAAUACUCGAAAUGGCAGCGGGGAUACUGCGCUGGGCAAUUUUUCUACGCAAUGGCACUCUGAUCAAGUUGGUGAGGUGUACGAUUGGUUGUUGAACAAUGGGGCAAUAUAUUGAGCGACUACUCAUAUUUCUUUUGACGUCGUUCUUUUCUUGUCAUACUUUUGCUGUGCCUAAAACGAACGGGUUAGAAUUUUGCCCGGGUUGGGUACGCCCGCCACUGGAUGGGUUCAUAUUUGAUGAUGAAUACAUUUGGUUCGAUUUUAGACGCCUGGGCGAGAUGGAACCCACCGUAGGUGUUCAUACACAAACUGCCACGGAGCAUACGUCCGCAUAUGACGGGCAAGCCUUAGUCUCAUCAAUCUACAUCGUUCGCGCCGAAGCGGCCAGCAUUCGUACGUGAUCGACUCAUAGGCUCCCUACCCACUUUUGGUUCGCCCGCGAUCCAACCCUCAAUGUUUGUGCUGAGGCAUCAACUGUCCGUGACGAGUGACUGGGAUGA